AUGGGCUUUCUCACAGGGCAGGAGGAGCCCAUCCCCAACUACACAUGCCGGCAUGGCUCUCCACAGGCUGCCUUGGUCGGGGACACACGGUCAUCCCUGUCUGUAUCCAUGGCCAGACUUCUGGGGCUGUACAAGUUUUCCCAGAUCAGCUAUUCAUCUUCCCUACCUAGCCUAAGUGACAAGAUCCAGUUUCCGUCCUUCCUUCGGACACUGCCUAGUGAUCUCACAUCCUGUCAUGCACUUACUCAGCUGAUAAUUCACUUUCAGUGGUCCUGGGUGAUCAUUCUGGCUCAAGAUGAUGACUUUGGACAGCAGGCCAGUUCUCUGGCCACUCAGCAGCUGAGUGCAGCCAGUGUGUGCACUGAGUUUCACCUCCAUGUCCCUUCCCAACAGUCCUUGGGGAAGAUUGAAGAGACUGUCCAGAAGAUGCAGAAAUGUACAGCCAGAGUUGUUCUGGUUUUCUUAAGCAAUUCAGAUUUCCAGCUCAUCUUGUCUGGCUUACUGGCUGCCUCUGUCUCAGGGCAGGUAUGGGUCAGCAGUGACCCUCUGCACAUGACACUCAGUCUGAGCAUUCCAGGUGUUUCUCAGGUCUUGCAAGGCACAUUUGGCCUUCUGUAUCACAGCAGCAGGGCAAUUGGCUUCCCUGAGUUCUUUGCUCACUUGCAUCCCAACCAGACCCCAGAAGACAUUUUUAUAAAGAAGUUCUGGGAGUAUACAUUUGAUUGUACAUGGCCCUACCAGAACAGCACAGUGACCGAGGGUGUCCAGGUCUGCUCAGGCAAUGAGAGUCUGAAGAACAAACCUCAUCCUUUCCCAGAAGUGAGUAAAAUUGAUGCUGCUUACACAGCUGUCUACAGCAUUGCCCAUGCCCUGCACCAGGAUGGGAAAGGCACAAAUCCCCAGGACUUCCAUCACUGGCAGAUGAAUCCAGUCCCUAUGGGGUUACCUCUGUACAACCUUAAGUUGCCUAGUACAUUUAAUUUUCACACGAAGAGAUGUCUUUUGUGUCCCAAGGAGCAGUACUCGAGCCAUACCAGAGACCAUUGCCUUCCCAGGACAGAGAUCUUCCUGGCCUUUGAGGAACCAUUGGGAUUCAUAUUGGCUUUGAUGGCAAUCUUGCUGGCUGGUCUGGCUCUCCUGGUACUUGGAAUGUUCCUGAAGCAUCGAGACACACCUGUGGUCAGGGCCAACAACAGAACUCUCAGCUACUUCCUCCUGAUCUCUCUUUCCCUCUGUUCCCUAUGUUCCUUGCUUUUCCUUGGGAGACCCACUGUCACCACCUGUCUCCUCUGUCAGACCACCUUUGCUGUGGUGUUCACAGUGGCUGUGUCCUCUGUUCUGGCCAAGACUCUCACAGUAGUCCUGGCCUUCAGAGUCACCAAGCCAGGAAGCAGGAUCCAGGUGUGCCUGAGCCCUGGUGCUUCAACCUCAGUCGUCCUCAUUGCUUCCUUAAUACAGGCUGUUCUUUGUGGAGUGUGGUUGGCUACCUCCCCACCAUUCCCAGACAGGGAUAUGAUCUCAGAGCCCUGGCACAUUGUGAUCCAGGAAGGUUCUGGUGCCACCUUCUUCUGUGUGCUGGGCUUCUUAGGUUUCCUGGCAGGGGGUACCUUCUCUGUGGCUUUCCUGGCCAGGGACCUACCAGAUGUCUUCAAUGAGACCAAGUUCCUCACCUUCAGCAUGCUGCUCUUCUGCAGUGUCUGGACAGCCUUCCUGCCCCUGUACCACAGUGCCCAGGGAAAGUCCACUGUGGCGGUAGAGAUCUUCUCCAUCCUGGCCUCCACUGCUGGACUUUUGGGUGGCAUCUUCAUCCCCAAAUGCUACAUCAUCUGUUGA